AUGAAUUGCACUCCUAAUGCCACCAUCACUCCACAGCUGGGAGGGUCCCAGGAGACUGGCGGUGGUGGAGGUGGUGGUGGAGGCAGCGGGGGCCUUUGGGUGACAUCCCUGCUCGGUGCCACACUGUUGAUCAUGUGCGCCAUGGGUUUGGCAGGCAACACAUACACGCUCAUCAUCACACGUUCAGCCGCUUUGCGCCGAACAGGUUCCAUGUACGUUUACAUCAUCAAUUUGGCUCUGGCUGACCUGCUCUACCUCUCCACCAUCCCCUUCGUGGUCUGCACCUACUUCGCCCAUGACUGGCUGUUUGGUGAGGCUGGCUGUCGCAUCCUGCUGAGCCUCGACCUCCUCACCAUGCAUUCCAGUGUCUUCAUUUUGGUUGCAAUGAGCCUGGAACGCUACCGUGCCGUGGCGAGGCCCUUCAGCGCACACAGGUCCUCGUCCCGCAAACGAAGGCUAGUGGCAGGGAUUAUUUGGGGUUUAGCUUUUGUGCUAACGCUUCCCAUGAUGGUGAUGAUCCGACUCAGGGAGGGCAAACCAACUGCAGCUGGUUUGGUUAAGAGAAUCUGCUUCCCUACCUGGACCCCUGAGGCCUUCAAGGCUUAUAUCACUGUCCUGUUUCUUACAAGUGUUCUAGUUCCUGGAUUGGUAAUCGUUGGGCUGUACGUGGGGCUGGCCAGGCGCUACUGGGCAGCACAGGCUAGCUUAGGAGGUAGCAGCCGGUCUGCCCGGAGGAGAGGACUCAAACAAAAAGUCGUAUCAAUGAUCUUUAGCAUUGUGGUGGCCUACUGGGCUUGCUUCUUGCCUUUUUGGGGAUGGCAGCUGGCCAAACUGUUUUCUCCAGAGUCUCUCAAAGCUUUGUCUCCAGCUGCUCACAAUUAUGUGAAUUUCUUUGUCACAUGUCUAACCUAUGGGAACAGUUGUAUCAAUCCAUUCCUUUAUACUCUUCUGACCCGCAACUAUAAAGAUUACUUGGCCCAGAAAGGUCAGUCUGUGGGUUCAAGCAGGACUGACCCCGGGUCAGCUGUGACCACACCACUGCAGGACCUGUAG